AUGUCAAUCAGGUCCGGCACCUCGAGCAGCUGCUCUGGAGCCACGAAGAUGACGCCGUGCGCGUUCUUCGCGGCUGGCAAGUGCCGCGCCGGCAGCACCUGUAAGUUCUUUCACGCGUCACGCGAGGAUCUGGCCGUGAGUCCGCUGGUUUGCAAGUUCUUCCUGCAAAACACAUGCAAAGCUGGACGCGAGUGCAAGUUCUCGCACUCGGCGACGGCGCAGGUGGCAGCUACGGUCGUGAGCGCUAGUACAGGCGACAAGGUAAUAGCUGCGGGUUCGUAUGGCGUCCCGUGCAAGUUCUUUAAGUACGGCGACUGUUCCAAUGGCGACAGAUGUCCGUAUCUACACGUGCAGAAGAAGGAGACGAAGGCGAAGCAACUGGAAGAAAAGGCAGACGUACGAGCAAAAGAGAGUACCGGAUCUGAUGAAUUGAUUGGAGAAGAGAAGGAGGAAGUAGGUGCUGUGGCGGAGACAUUGUGUGAGCAAGAACAGGAGGCAGAGACGAUGGAAGAUAUGACGGACUUUAUUUCGAAGGAGGAAGAACUGUAUUAUUACGGAGCACCUGGAGAGUUCGUGGAUUCGACGGUUGAGUCUGUGCCGCCGAUGCUGAAAGAGUUGUAUGUGGACGUGAUCAAGAAAAACGUGGACGACAGACCGCUUUCAUUCGACGAGGAGAUGCCUGCACCCCCCAAGAUCUGUACAUUCUUUUUACAAGGAUCAUGCCGGUAUGGCAACACGUGCUUUUACGCGCAUUCUCUGUCGGAGUGUGCUCAAAGCGAGGAGGAGAUGCUAGCGAGGGAUGAAGAAAUGUGUUUUUCGCAAGACUUGGAGUGUGGCAUUUGCUACGAGUGUGUGGUUGACAAGGACGAGCGGUUCGGCUUGCUAUCUGGAUGUAACCACGUGUUUUGUCUCACGUGCCUGCGAAAUUGGAGGGGUAAUGCCGAUCAGCCGAAGCAGACAGUCCGCCAGUGCCCAGUGUGUCGUGUGGAGACGAGUUUUAUUAUCCCGUCCAGUCGGAUGGUUAUGAAGCCGGAGCGUAAGAAAGUUCUCAUCGACGAGUACCGAAAAAAUCUAUCAGCCAUCCCGUGUCGUCACUUCAGCGAAGGAAGAGGAACAUGUCCAUUCGGUACUAGCUGUUUUUAUGCACAUCGCUUCCCGGACGGCACUUUAGACACACGUCAAGUGCGAACUGCAGUCGAUGCAGAUGGCCAGUAUGACGUUCUUCGUCAAGUCCGACUCGAGCAUUAUUUCCAACAAAGUGGGAGCAUUGAGUAA